GGAUAUUAUGUGGGGGCGUGGCUCAAAACAGAAAUGGCCGAUGAUGAUACGGCAGCCACUGGGCGAGACGGCUUAGAGCCUCAAGGGAAAGAAUCUGCAGCUAGCAAGGAGAGUGUUGCUACUCCUCAAAGCUCCACAAACACAGCAGCAGACGAGGGAACCUCUCCCCGAUCCUCGCCGAAACGCAAACCAGUGGGUUUAGACUCGGACGGAAAAGGACCGCAGCGCCGGAAAGACAGAUCGCAAGCCUACGCUGAAAACGUGGCUGUUGAAUUCACUGAAAAGGAAAGGGAGACGAAAAGACAACGCUGCCGCGUCUUCUCGUCGCUCGGUCGACCUCGAAACGUCCGAUUUCUCUUUCCACCAGCCUUCGCGAGUCUCUCCAGUGGUAAGGAAGAAAGGGAGUCCUUCACUUGAGCUCCACAAGACCUUCAAGCGACAUUCUUUUGUUGACGUUCAGACUGUCAAGGCUGCUAUUCAAGAGGGUGUAGAUGGUCUUCCAUCAGAAAUAAGAGUGAGCCAGAUAGAAAUUUGUGUAGAGUGAGGAGUUCUUUUUCGUGAUGAAGAAUAGCUGGACUUAGCUAAUUUUGGUCAUUUUCCUGCAUUUUCCUUUGGCUGGGUUAACAAUACGUCACAUUGCCCCAUUGCGCCUUGUGCAUCAGCACAUCCUACUGCAAAGAUGGUAAACUUUGCUUUCUUUCACUUCCUACAUUUUCUCGCCACAUUGUUUCUUAUCCUCCCAGGGUGGCACACCUCUCCAUACUAGUAUGGACAGACUCUGUCAAGAAGGACAAGACUGACUUCUUGGUCUCUCUUUUGACCACUGCUGAGGUGG